GCCGCCCGCCCUCCCUCGCCGCCGCCUUCCUCCAAAUCCAGGAGAAGGAAAUCCAACCCAUCGCCAUCUCGCAAGAAUCGCCACCUUCCUUGUGCGCGCUCACCCCACCCCGCCGCCUAGUAAAACCUUCCCCUUCUCGUCGCGUCACCUUUCUCGCCUUCUGAAAACCGCUUUCGCCACCGAGAAGGAAGCGGAGGGCUCCAACUCCAAGAAACAGCCGCCGCCAUGGUGCAGAGGAAGCAGGCGCGCAAGAAGCCCAGAGAUUCCGUCGUUGUUGCCGAGGAAGUCUUGCCGAUGGUCGGUCAGGCGCGCGGUCGACGUGAUCUGGGAAGCAGGGGAGGCGGCGGCAUGGCCCGCGCGUCGGUCCCCAACUACAUGAGGGCGACAAGCAGCUCCGACUCGAGGAUCGGCCGCGCAGUGGGGAGGGAGGCGGCUCCCGCGCCGCCGCCGAAGCGGGAGCCGGUGAGAGCGAAGGUGGUGUUCGCCGAGGCGCAGCGCGUGGGCAGGGCCACGUGCUCCUCCACAAUGAAGGCCGGCGGACCCGCAGCGGCGCACGUCUGCCCGUACGCAUACUGCUCCCUCAAGGGCCACGUCCACGCGUCCGUGGUCCCGCUGGGGAGCUUCCUGGCGUCGCGGAGGCGGCUGAUCAAGACGCAGCAGAGCAUGAAGCUCAAGGGCGCCUCCCCGUUCCGCAAGACCAACAACGGCGGCGGCGAUGGUUACUUCGUCGAGAUACACGCCGGCGCCGGGGCCGCCGCGCCGACGGUGAGCUCGGAUGUGAGCUGCAGCGAUCUCUCCACGGAGGAGAUGAACGCGAUGGUGAGGCGGAUGGAGUACGUCAUGUUUGAUCACCUGAGUUGCGGGGAUGAUGUGGAGGCGGCGGCGAAAGAUUUGGGUGCUUCGAUGGACAGUUCUUGCGGAUCGAGUGAUGUGGUCUCGGAUGGUUCGGUCGAGCUGUUGGGGACGACCAAGCAUCGCGAACGCGGCAGCCUCAAAGAGAAGGAGAUCUUGGUGGAUCAUGAAGACGAAGACUUCGGUGUCUGCAAGUCGGACAUUUCUGAGGAGCUGGAUGCAAAGCAUGAAGGAGACAUUGCUGAAGGUAACGAAAGCGAAGCUCCAAAGGAAUCCUCCAUUGAUGGCAUUUCCAGCGCGCUCAGUGGGAUGAGCUUUGAAGAUGUCAGUUCUGAUUGUGCUGAUGCUGCGUCCUCUCAGAGGAAGAAGUUGAUCAUUGCCAGGAGGAGAACAUCAGAAGAGGGUGGUGAGCAAAUGCGCCCUUUCAAACCCAAGGGUCCAAAUUUUCUUCCAGUAGACACUGUCCCGGAGGCAGAGAAGGUUGAUCUCAAGCAUCAGACGGUGAAUGAUCGAAGGAAUGACGAGGAGUGGAUGGUUGAUUACGCUCUUCGGAAGGCAGUGAAAAAAUUAGCUCGUGCUCAGAAAAGGAAAGUGGAGAUGCUUGUCCAGGCCUUUGAAACUGUUCUACCCACGGUUGCCAAUGAGAAGAAGCCUGUGCAGCACGAUGAUGACAAGACAAGCUUCACUCUUACAAGGUCUUCGCAAGCAUGCAACUGAUAGCUUUUUAGCGUUUGUGGUUUAGCUGGAACUAGUCUGAUCUGAAGGUUCUAACUCAGUGGUCACUGCAAUAUUAGUGCCAGAGACCUGCUCAACAAGGAGAGAGAGCAGAGAACUGCUUACUGUAACUGUUUUGUCAUCUGGUAGUUGGGCUGCAAGCUCACUGAGUUGGGUUAGUGCAGAACCUAGUGCAUGUAUAUAUGUCUAGUUUGCUCAUGUUGAUAGUUCAGUGAUGAGAGAUGAGUGCGGCUCGUAGAACUGGCAGGAACGUUGAGAUGUAUUCCUUUAGACAAAGAUCAAUAAAGCUCUUAUUGACCGCAUUUGUUUUCUGGUUCAGAUGGUAAUCAUAUAUGGAUAAUAACC